AUGUCGUUGCUUUCCAGACUAUUUUCUCUUUUGCCUCUUCUACCCCUUCACCGUCGACGAGUUGUUCAGCACUAUGCAGAGCAAAAGAAGGUGAUUGUGUCGAGUUCGACCUGGAAAGCUCUGUGGCGUUGCGCUCCCCAUGUUGUUCCCAUUGCAAUCUCCGUUGUCAUUCUCACUCUGAGCUUCCACGGCACCUACAUCGGCGCAGACUUCGCCUCCGAGACCAUCACAUUGAUGAGCUUUCAAAUUGCCGCCAAGAUCCAUGAACUCUUUAUCGUUGCCAGCUUAUCCGUUAUUGUCUUCCACGCCAUCAGACAUGAGUUGCUGCAUGGGUGUGGUCUCCCGCUGGGGCUGGUCGGGUCAGGCUUCAACUUUGGCAGUUUUGAUUUCUUCUUCACGAAGGAGUUCCGUGGUGGAUUGUUGAACGUCAUGACUCCCGGCCACAGGCUCAGGAAAGCCGGGUUUGUGAUCCUUCUCUGCGUGGCAGGACUCAUAGCAGCCCUUGCAGGCCCUUCAAGUGCCACACUGAUCGUCCCCUCGUCCCAAACCUGGCAAGCUGGCGGAACGCAAUUCUAUCUCAAUGGCUCGCAGGCCGAUUUUUGGCCCUCCGACAUCUCAAGCAGUGUAUCAGCAGUGCGAAGCAUGUGCAAUGGCUCACAAUCUACUGAGCUCGCUGUAUGCCCUGCUGGAGGUUACCUUUCUAUCCGAGAGCAUUGGAGCAGAAUGAACUAUACCAACUUUCAAACUUACGACGUCCCUGCUUAUGCUAAGAAGCUAUCUGGAUCUCGGUUCUACUGGCCUGUUGGCAGUCCAUCCUCUCCCAUUCCGCCCCGUUAUCUUUUGGGUAACGCCAGAAAUGUCACUGCCUUUAGCCCUGGCACCGCUACCUUCUUCGUGCUGCCUCACGCCGCACCUUCGACACUAAUGCAACGAAUAGCUAACAAGUGGUGGACAGCCUUGGAGUCUCACAUGAAGGUCUCUGACAGACAAGUCGAUGACCGCAAAAUCGGAGUCGAGGCACUCUCCGCCAUCACAACCAUCAGAUGUGGCGAGCCCCAAAACCUCUCUGCGGGUGCAAAUUCGAUCCGUUUCCCAGCUAUCAGCGGCCGAUUUGACUACAUCGAGGGGGCGAACUUGACCGUUGACAGUCUCAAUGCCACCGCUGUUGGCCACAUUCGCUUCCAAUGGGUUCACUUACCCGACCAGUUCGGCACGGUCAGCAUCGGGGCGGUGCUUGAAUCGGCAUGGGACGAACAAUCGACUUCAAGAGUUGUUGUGGCAUGUUCUGCUCAGGCCGGCUGGGUUCCGACCUCAGUGUACACCGACGAAUACUCCUUUUGGACCGGCUGGUACCCGUGGAAUAUAGACUACGGAGCCCGGACGCCGUCGUGGGUUAUUAUACCGGAGGGCCAGCCGCAACCGGCCACAAAUGGGCGAGUCGCGUUCAAUGACGACUGGUUGAACAUGCUGAAUCCAGUUGCUAACGACUCAGAUCCUGGCGCAGAGCCUUGGAACCCCUCCACGAUGGAGAGUAUCAUCAGUGCCUCCGGUCUCGCUGACGACCUGUCUUCGCAGACACCGGCUGAAUCAUCUUUGGCGGAAACAUGGGUCAACGACGGCCAGCUGGGCAUUAGCAGGACUGUGCUCCUCGAAUCGAUCAUCAGCAGUGUCAUCACCGACGGACUCGCCCGAACUGGAACAUACCGCGUCUUCGACGCCACCACCAAGGGAUCCCCGUCAGAAUGGCCGUUCUCGCUAUUCGAUCCACUCCCGGACUUUGACAAGCGCAUCAUUGCCGAGCAUGAUGCCCUGCGCCCCCCUCCUCCAGACUCAUCGACCACCACCCUGCGAGUCAAGAUGGAAAUCACGGGUUUCGCCCUGAAGAAGAGCCUCGCGGGGGCCCUCUCGAUGGUGGUUCUCCUGGCGCACAUCGUCCUGGCGAUCGGCCACAUCGCGUUUGUCAUGGCAAAGCGCCAAUCGUCGGACAGCUGGGAUUCGAUUUCCGAGCUGGUGGCGCUGGCGCAGAACUCGCGCCCCGCGUACGUCGCCCUAGCCAACACGGCCGCGGGCAUCAGACAGCAGCGGACGUACGGCCGGCUGGCGCGGAUCCGCGCCACCUCGACCCUCCAUCACCCGGACGGUGAUCAUGUCGAGCUGAUUUUUGAUGGGCCCGACAGGGAGGAGGUGGUGGAUGAUUUCGAAGCGUUUCGUGCGAUGACUCGGGCUGAGAAACAGACGGUUCCGGCGCAAGUCAAAGACGGCGAGGACGAUAACGGCAACGACAACGACCGUAACGAAGAAGAACGAGAACAAGCAAUAGAGCAAGAGCAAGAUGAAGUCGACGAUGAUGAUAAUGAGAAUGAGAAUGACAACGCUGAAAGCCAGUCUCUGACACAGCCACUAAACCAACGCCACCAAACCCAGGCAGUAGAACUAAAUAACACCACCCACCUCCUGCCCGUGAGCCGACAAAAAUAUACCUGGCCGCAUGACCGUCACCAAGGACCACUACCGCCGUGGGAUCCGUCCAUUCCGAACCGCAUCUCCCAAGCCCCCGCCAGCCAAAGUCUCCCCCACCCACCGCCAACGACCGACCACCACCACCACCACCACCACACAGCAGGACGGGCUCGAGGGAAAGUCUGA